AUGCUGAUAACCCUCUGCUACGUCUACCUGUGGGUCCGCUUCCACCGGUGCUACUCGGUGCUGAUCCGCCACAGCCUGUCCAGGCUGCACUGCUCCAGCAGCAGCUUCUGCCUCAGCUUCUGCUCCCGCUCCGCCCCGGUAACGGCCCCGGUACCGGCCCCGGCCCCCGGACCGGGGCCCCGCGCACAGGCGGGCCGGCCCGGACCUCAGCCCGCCGGGGACACCGUCUUCCUGGAGCUCGGGGACAGGACGGUGUACGUGACGGAGCCUCAGGUCGGGCUUUGUCUGGGGGGCUUCGGCCGGGAGGGCGUGGGGCGGGAAAGCCGCUUCGUUAAUGUGUGUGAUGACCUUAGCAAAUGGACUGUUUUGGGAUCCACUCUGGUUUGUGGUCCACGAAUAGAGAAUAUUUCAUUCAUCAUUGAAGCUGCAGGAAAAGGAGAGGGAUGCCCCUCUUCUUCCAACGCGCAUAAAAAAUGCGGCGUGCCGGCUGCUGCUACUGGAACAUUUCCAGAGCGGGCGCUGACGGCCGGCCUUUGCUGUGUGCAGGUGCUGAGGUGGUCAGACUACUGCCUCCCCCUGGCCUGCAGCCCUGGGCAGCCAUUCAGAGCAGUGGCUCUGGCAAGUGUGGAGAACUUCACCCGCCUCGGGGUAGCAUUUAUUGAAGAUCGCCUUCAGCUGGACAACGGACUGGUGCCUUCCAAGAUAGUCCCUGUCCUCCUCCAGGGGCGCACUCUGAAGGACUUGUUGGAGAAGCAGUGUCUACAGACUGAGAGCCCAGGCCCUCUGUGCUGCCCCCCCCCUGAGCUCUCGCCUCAGCACCUUCUACCCCACCAGCUCCAGCUGGCGUGCCGUAAGGGCAGCCUGCACAUGAUCCCUGACAUCCAGAGGAUAGAGGGCCGGCGCGGGUCAGAGCCUGUCCCCAGCUGUCCGGCUCUGGGCUCAGACGUUCACCUGGAGGAGCUCUCCUCAGCGAGUGCUCACCACAUGGAAGGCCAUGGACACAACCUCCAUCUGUCCAGCUGCAACGAAUGCCUGGAGCUGGAGAACAGCACCAUCCUCUCUGUGAAAUAUGCCUCAGCGGAGAACAUCCCGGACCUGCCUGAUGAUGCCUCUGUGGGUCAGGGCAGUGUGGGUGAGGAGGAGUGUGAGGCCAAAGAACGCCCGUCUCCAAGUGCUGGAGCUGACUGUAAGAGCAAACCCCCAAAUGUUCUGGUGUACACCUGUGGCUGCCAGGAGCGUUUCCAGAGAGUCCAGCAGCUUUUGCUAGAGUGCCUAAAUAUGGAAAACAUCAUAAUAUAUCACCUGCAACCACAACAGGUCAGCGACCCCUGGCUGGACAACGCCAGGCUCCUCGUACUGGCUGAAGAGGAAGCCCUAACCCCUGAGCUCCAGACACGUUUUCUUACCUACCUAAACCAGGGCGGCAAAGUCCUGGGGCUCUGCUCCACCCUGUGCCCAGCAGGGCUCCAUUUGGAGGUCAGGAAGGGGCAGCAGAUGCAGAUCCGAAAGCUGAGUUUCACCAGGGAGGACAGCACAGAACUGGAGCUGAGUGCACUGGCAAGUGGAAAGGCCUACAUCCGGGACCCUCAGGGCGGGGGGGAGGUGGAGCUCUGGGGCGAACUGAAGGCUGACAUCACACAUCAGCGGGACAUGGUGAUCGUGAGGGUGACCCAUGGAGAAGACGGUGGGGAGGCCGUUCUCUGUCAGGUCCACUUUGAUGUCACGUCUGACUCCUUCCCUUUGGACUCAGGAGGUCCUGAUGACCUGAAGCCCGGCAGUGCACUGCGAUGUGAAGUCCUAACGGAGAUCCUCUCCUCUCUGGGUCUCAGUUGUGAGCCAAAUCCGACUCCAGUCCCAGGUCCAGUCCACCUCCUCGCCACCUGUCAGGAGGCAAAGGCCAGUUUCUUGAACUGGCUGCAGGCUCGUGCAGAUCAAAGUGCAGACCUCACAUUCCCCAAGGCCUCCUUCAGGCUGGUGUCCCCCUCUAAGGCCGGUGACGCUGGCCUGCCCCCCGGGGGCCGCCUGGCCCUGGUCACAGACUCCACAGAGACCAGCGACUGGCCAGAGUUCAGUUUGGAGACCUACCGUAAAAACCUGAGGACCAGCCAUCUGGGACAGGUCCUGCUGUAUGCAGAGGUGGUCACCUCCACCAUGGACCUGUUGGAAGGGAUGACCGUGCACUUGCCAGACGAUGUGGGUCUGAUAGCAGUAGCCGCCCAACAGAGCCAGGGCAGAGGUCGUGGCAGGAACGCCUGGCUCAGCCCACUGGGCUGUGCCAUGUUUACGCUGAGGGUCCGAGUUGAAUUGAGCUCCAAGCUUGGACAGAGGAUUCCUUUCCUGCAGCAUCUGGUGGCUUUAGCAGUGGUAGAGGCGGUUUGCACACUUCCUGGAUACCAGGACAUAGACCUGAAGGUGAAGUGGCCCAAUGACAUCUACUGUGGUAACCUGACCAAACUGGGGGGGGUACUGGUGACCUCCACACUUCUGGGAUCUACCUUUCAUCUGCUCAUAGGAUGUGGCUUUAAUGUGACCAACAGCAAACCAACAAUGUGCAUCAAUGAUGUAAUCCUGGAGUACAACAGAAGGAAUAACGGCAGCCUGGCUGCCCUCAGCUGCUCCCAGCUCAUCGCACGGACAGUUAGCUGCCUUGAAGCCCUCAUCAGCAGCUUUCAGCAGGGCGGCCCAGACACUGUCCUGCCCAUCUACUAUAAGAGAUGGCUUCACAGUGGGAGCCAGGUGCGUCUUUGGAGUGAGGACGGGCCGAUGGCUGAGGUGGUGGGCCUGGAUGACAAUGGCUUCCUACAAGUACAAAGUAAAGAGCAAGGCCUGGUGUCAGUGGAGCCUGAUGGGAACUCGUUUGAUAUGCUGAAGAACCUUGUGGUCAUCAAACAGCAUUUGGGUCAAACUCAGUCCAGUCCAGCACAAAGGCAAUGAAAAGAGCUUUGGACACGCUAAACACAUUCUACUGUCAGAGGGAAAACACCAGAAUGAUCUACCAUUCAGUCCCUCCAGAUUUGCACAUUCUCAUAUUUUGUGUGAUUAAAGCUGUUUAUGUUGGAUUUUAUUUGAUGGUUGUAUAGUCGAUGGGCUCCGUCUAAAAGAGUAUAUUUACAUCUAGAUUAGAACUUCAAUGUCUAUUUUUAUUUAGCUGAUGGAGACCCACACUAAAAGUAUGAAAAGCAGUUUGAGCCUUUUCAUUCUCCUCUCUUCAUCAGUGACAGGUAAGAAGUCUGUGGUGAAUUGUAAAUAGGAAUAUAGUGAUCCGAACUCCACCUAUUAGCAGCUUUUUCAAUUUAAGCAGUGGAUUCCAAGCAUUAAAGUGUCUCACUGUCACCAAGUGAACAAAAAAUUAGCUUGACUGUUCACUGCUUAUUUAAAAUUUUCAACGAUAAAAAAACUUUUGCAAUUAUAUACUGAUGUAAAAUCCAUCUGAUUUCAUGGUCAGAUAACCAUGACUUUUACAGUUUGUGUCACUGACCAUAAAUAAAGUUUCUAUUGGAUUGUG